AUGUACAACCGUAACCAGGAUGCCAGGAAGGAAAGGCCGCAGUAUAACCUGAACCUCGAGCAGCAACUAGCAUCCCAGGAAAAGAAAACCUCGUUCAGAAGAACAGUGGACCAUGGUAACAACAUGGGACGGUGGUACAUCCACAAGAGUCUUGGGUUGGCCAACCGUCAACAGCCAAUUGGCAAGAUCAGACCCGAGUCAUCGUACUUGAUCGACCUCUUGCCCAGCUUGGCAUACUCGUCGUCGCUCAACCUUGACAGCCAGGCCAACAGCAACAAUAUGGCCAUCAUGGACUGCCAGACUAAGUUCGUGCAUUUGUCCUCCAAUAAGGUCAAGCACUCAAUCAACACCGUCAAGUGGACGCCAGAGGGCAGACGGUUGGUGGUGGCCUCGCACAGCGGAGAGUUCACCAUCUGGAACGGAAUGACGUUCAACUUCGAAACCAUUAUGCAAGCACACGAUCUGCCCAUUUUGUCAUUGACAUACUCCCACAACGAUGAGUGGCUCCUCAGUGGAGACCAGAGCGGAGUGAUCAAGUACUGGCAGCCCAACUUCAACAACGUCAACAUCAUCAACGGGCAUUCCAACGGUAUCCGAGACAUCGCGUUCUCUCCCAACGACUCCAAGUUCUUAACGGCUGGCGAUGACUCGUCGCUCAAGAUCUGGAAUUUCAACAACGGUAAGGAGGAGCGUACACUCGCGGGACACCACUGGGAGGUCAAGAGUGCUGACUGGCACCCCAACUUGGGGCUCAUAGUGAGUGGCUCCAAGGACAACUUGGUCAAGCUCUGGGACCCACGCUCCCCCAACUGCAUCACCACGCUCCACGGAUUCAAGCACACGGUUAACAAGACCCGGUUCCAGACAGCAGGCACCAAGCGAUUGCUUGCUACUGUCUCCAGAGACAGAUCGUGUCGAGUGUUCGAUUUGCGAACCAUGAAAGACAUCUUGGUGUUGCGAGACCAGGACUCAGACCUUUCUUGCGUGUCGUGGAACCCCAUCCACCCGUCGUUGUUGACCACAGCUGCCUACAACGGAUCCAUGAACCACUACCUCUUGGACUCCUACAUCCCAGAUACAGCCUCCACCAAGACCAAGGUCAACCCGUACAGCACGCCAUCCGUGGGGCUCGAGUCACUGCACAAGAUCCCCUAUGCACACGAAAAGGCCAUCCAUGCGUUGGAGUACCAUCCUUUGGGUCAUUUGUUGUGUUCUGCUGGUUCGGAUAAAACAGCGAGGUUCUGGUCCCGAGCAAGGCCCAACGACCCCAUGUCGUUCAAGGAUGCAUUGUACACGGACGACAAACAGGGAGCCUGGUACUACACCGUGAACAACAAUAUCAAUGCUGUGAUCGAGGAUCCCGAUGCACCAGCAAAGGCCACGGUGUCGUCUCCCACCAAAAAUGGUUCCAAGGACGAGAAACCCGCUCCCAGCUUCAACUUGCCUGGCUUAAACAGUUUGGGCAACUACGGAAACGGUGACGAAGCCUCGUUGUCGGGAAUUCCGGGGUUGAGAGGUUAG